ACCUCCUGCACAAGUGGAUUCAUGUACGAAUAAAAACGCGCGAGUCAUAUGCUAUAUCAUCUUCAUGGUGCGGUAGUCGUAGUUGCUUUUGAGCUGUGCAGCCAGGGCUCUUCUUGAGUCGGUGUCGGAUCCCGCUAGACAGAGCGUACAUUUCACCAGAAAACAUAAGUACUCACAAAGGGAAACAUCAGAAUGCAGUUUCUCCUCCUGGUGCCAGGAUCUCGAAGGAAAUGUAGGACCACCAGCAGAACGCAACUCAUCCCACGUGGAUGACGAACAAGAAUUUAUUUAUAGUAGUACCACGAUCCCAGCAACGACGCCGCGCCUCAGCAUGACAAACUAAAACUUGUUCGCUGAUUAUACGAUGGACACACGUUUAGCACGACAAGAUCAAGAUGGACCGCAAAACCAGGCACUCAAGCUCGUUUUCUCUUGAUUUUAUGGUCUAGUCGUGCCAUUGAUUUGCGCUUCUGACUGCAACACAGCUUUCGCUGUCUGCAGGAUUGUAGUUUUUGUGCUUAGUAGUGUGCUGGUCGUGCUGCACGACAAGGCAGAAAUAAAAGAAGGAGCAGGCUAAGCAGGGGCAUUGAUAUUGAAGAAGAAGAUUCGAAAUCUACUCUACGGGAGGCGACCUGCGAACUGCUAAGACUGCUCUGCCGCACCUCCAAAGCGGGCGCAGCUUCGUUUCGUCUAGGCGAGCGCGGGGACAGAAAACGAAUUCCUCCGCGUCUUGCAGAAAACAACCUCCAUACGAACAACAAGCCCCUCGUCAUUGAAUCACCAUGGCCGCUCCUGCUCCAGAAAAUGUGGAGCACCGGCAGCACUACACGCCGCGACAGCCCGGCAAGCCGCAACCCCUGCCCCAGACCCCCGGAUCAGCUCGAAGCAACCGUGGAAUUCUGAAUACCAACAGGAUGAUGCAGCUCGAUCUCCCAGAGCAGGCUCUCCUAAUGCUGGAGGAAAUUGCCAUAGAGCGGGACGAAGUCGAGCGACAGGCAGCAGGAGGUGCUCAACUACAAAUAACUGGCGCGACGGCAUCCUAUAGUACUGGCGCCAACAAGAUGGUAACUACAUCUGCUGCCCCGACGAGCUCCUCCUCGCACCUCGAAUGGUUUGAGUCUCUCCUGAAGGAGUACCACGCCCGCUUGCACACCAAAGAGGGCAAGACCUUCACCAAGGUGACCGCACGGCUGAAGCAUAUCAAAUGUAAAAAUGUCUGGGUCUGGAAACUUGUGAUGCCGUGUGGCGUAUCAUGAGGAGGCGACAAUUGCUGGCUCAGCAUGACAAGUUUCUGAGCUUCUAGGUGUUGCCUAUUCUGCAUGACAAACUACGUUUCUGCAUGACAGAAAAGUGGGGCUCUUUGGUAAUGUGCAUGACAGAUCUAAGAGUCAUGCCAAACAAGCAUGACAAACUUGCAUUCUUCCAGGCCCAGACAUUCUUACAUUUGAUAAAGCAGUGGGAGAGACAGAAGUCGCUGGCCAGGCUGACCGGGGCGAUCCGCACGUAUGAACUGCAAAAGUAUCGUACUCGUAUGAAUGCAUUACAAAUUUCCUCAGCAUGAGAAAUAAGAUCUGUAAUGCGGAUUUCCCUAUAGGGAAAAGAUUUGUAAUGCAUGAUUACAGUACAAGUGCGAUAGUUUUGCACAGGAUAGCACGGCCGGCGGUGCGACGUCGCGAACGCCCAGGAGUGGACGGCACAGCGUGAAGUCACAAUCGAGCUUUUUCGCCUCGUCAGACAACGAUGAAGAUGCGCUUACCGAGGGAGCGGCUACCCCCGGGUCUGGCUAUGACGAAGCAGGGGGAGAGGGAAAGCAGAAAUACGCCGAAGCAAUCCGCACUGAAAGUAAGAACAGCACCAAGCGCGAAGUCGAGCAGCUGCGCAAGGAGAUUUCCUUAUGGAUGUGUCAGGAUCGAAAUCGACAAAAUCGAAAAACUUGUGAUGCAUAAAAUGUAGGGCACUGAAGGCCUGUAUUGGGGAGCAGGCAAAUGAGGGCGAUUGUAAGCCUGUUUAGAGGUAUACAAUGUGCUGCCAGAGUAGCAUGACAGAAGGAGUCUUCUUUGCCCGAACAGCAUGACAGACUGGAUUUGGGUGCUCCCAAAAUUUGUCAUGCGCCACUUGGAAACUGAGGCUCCAACUGACAUCAAUUUUUUGCAUCACAAAUUUUUCGAUUUUGUCAAUUUCGAUUCUGACACUUCCACAUUCCUUCGCUCUCUUUACACGUGGAGGUGUAGCCACUCCCAUAUCAAGUGCAAAAAUGUCUGGGUCUGGAAUAAAGUUGGAACUUGUAAUGCUGGCCUUACAUUCUUGUGAAAUCUGUAUUGCAUGACCAACAAAACAAGCGGCAGCCUCUCUUGUCAUACAAGAACGCAGUUUCUGAUGCGGAAUGCGUAUGAGAAAGCGUUCUGCAAACUUGUCAUGCCUUGCUGGAUAAGAAAAUGUUUCCAUCAUGCACAUUUUAGCAUCACAAAUUUCCAGACCCAGACAUUAUAUUUGCAAUGCAUAUCCCACCGCGGGUAGCAAAAACGCUGCAGGUGCUGGCGAAGCCGGAGGCGAAGUCCUCGACGGUUUGGAUGGCGUCGUCCUGCACGAGGAUUCAAAAGAGCUCAGCAAUGCAGGAGGGACGAAAGCACAAAUGGAAACGAAACCACCGCAAAUGAACUUCUUCGCCCCGAAAUUUACGAAGCGAGAAAAACUGACCGCGCUUGCCGCAUUCCUGGUUUCCAUCUUUGCAGUGGUGCUGAUGUGCGUGUGGAAACCGCACCAGCCGAGCGAGGUCCUGCACACCACGCGACUAUGCUCUGCAAAAGUUGCGAGUAAGUACCUGAAGAAGAAGAUCGGACGGAUUUUUGAUGUAAUUUUUAUUCUCGCAUCAUGGCAAAUCAUCUCGUGGUCCCAUACAACCCUUGUGUCGCUGUUUUAUCCAACAUUGCACUUCCGCACCCGCCGCACGUUCAUCUUUCGACCAUGAGAUUAGUACAGUAGAUCUACUUUGGCCUUGCGACAAUGAUUAUAUUUGUCAUGCAGUUAUUCCACCUGACUGAUGUUGGUCCUGGUGCUCCCUGCUCUCCUUUUGCGCUGCAUACCGGCUGACGAAGUACAACUCUUUCAUCACCAGUCCAGUCUACACCAUUUCGGAGUCGCAGCCACUGGUUAUGCCUUUGGAAGACCACAACAACCACGACUCCACCCACGUAGAGGUGAUUGAUUUGAAGAUGUUUGCGGCCCAGCAGCCGCGGACCGACAGCGACUCGGUCAAGGAGAAGGUGCAAUUAUGAAAUGCAAAAGCAUCGUACUAGUAUAAAUCGCAUGACAAAUUUCUUCAGCAUGAGAAAUCGCAUUAGUAAUGCGGAUUUAACUUGAGAAAGAAAUUUGUCAUGCAUAUCUGCAAUUAGUACGAGUAGUGCGAUACUUUUGCAAUUGAUAGCAGUGGAAGAUUUACAAUUCCCUCAACGAGGUCGUAAAGUCUGGGAGCCUAUCAAGUGUAAAAAUGUCUGGGUCUGGAAGAAUGCGCGACUUGUCAUGCAGAUUUUCCAUGACCCAUAAGGUGUUGAAUGCAGGGCCUAGCAUGACAGAUUCCGCGCGAUCUCUGUCAUGCCUAUCCUGCAUGAGAAACUCCCUCCCGACUUGGUCAAAACUGGACGACUUUUGGUAAUCAUGCAACACAGAUUUUCACAUGCUUCAGAUUUAGCAUGACAAGUUGCGUUCUUCCAGACCCAGACAUUUUUACGUUUGAUAGAGCCUGCUGCUUUCGAAGGACGAAGAAGUGGAGUAUUUCGAGACCCUCGAUGUGGAAAGUCUCCAUCCCGUCAAAGCCGAAUUCACCCUUACGCGCGAGACGACAGCCGGCGUCGCCCUGACGGGACACACCGACUUUCUCGGGUUGAAAGUGCAACUCGUCUGCUUCACCUGGUUGGGCAAGUGGCGACUGUACUUCGCCGUGAUUUUGUUCCUCGGCACCUUCGCGCUGAUCAUCUCAGAGGUUGUCCACCGUGUGUACGUCACCUUGGUCGCGGCCACGAUCGGGUUGUUUCUGAACUCCGUGGUGCACGAACAAAUUCACUUGAAAGAAACCAUAGCGAUGAUUGACUUCGGAACCCUGCUAUCCACUGCAACAAUAUGUGUCUGGGUCUGAAUUUGUGAUGAGAGAUCUGUUGAAGAACGCCAAGAUCAUCUGUGAUGCAGGAAUACGAGUGGUCAGCGUCAGUGUGUGAUGUUGUGAAACUUUCCUCUACCUCCGUGUCUGUUUCAUAUGACUUUUCCGAAUGCAUCUGCAAUAGGCCUCUCGGAAAAUUUUUCAUGCUGUUAUGCAGUACAAGGACAAGCCGCUUUUACAACCUUUGCGUUGAUGCGAUCCGAGCUUCGGCAGCAGAAAUUUCCAGACCCAGACAAAUUUCCAAAUCAUACCUGAUGCUCCUCUUCUCCAUGAUGAUCAAUGUGAAUUUCCUCGCGCAAACGGGCUUCUUUCAGUGGUUCAGCUAUCCUGGUGCAAAAGUAUCGUACUCGUACUUCAAUAAAAUCCCAGUCAUGCAAGGCAAAGCUCUUUUCGAAGCUAAAUCAGCAUGACAAGAAUUCAGUUUGUCGAGUUCAGUUUGUCAUGCUCCUGAGCCAAUUUGUAUUGCAGUUUUUACUACGUAGUGCGAUACUUUUGGGUUGCAUAUCAUCGUGAAAAUCGUCAUUUUUUCGAAAUGUGACGUACGCAAGCUGUUUUUCCUCCUUGCCAACAUCACGGGCAUACUCUCCGCUUUCCUCGACAACGUUACCGUCGUCAUGCUGAUGGGACCGCUCACUUUAUCCUGUGUAGAAACGACCUCGUGGUCUCCCUGUACUAGGUAGCAGAUUUGGCAUGAUUACUUAUGGCGAUUCGCUACCAUAUUACCAAGACCAAUUAUGAUGCGUCUCCUUAACAUUUUUCAUUUUGAGUGGCAUUUCCCCGCUCCGCGGAGCCAGACUUGUCGUGCAAACUUUGAAAUAUUAGCGCAACUCUAUCUUGAUUCGUGUAACGGCAGUCGCGUCUUGACCCUGGGGAGGUGAGGAUGCUUCUACACAGGAUACAAGUUCCAGCUGUGCAAAGCCUUUCGGAGGAAUCCAAAGCCGUUCUAUCUAGCGCAAGUCAUCUGCGCGACUGUUGGUAUUCAGUAUGAUCAAAUAUCUCCUGUUUACUUGGUCACUUUUGAAGGCUGCAUUGGUAUCUGUCGCGCCUGAAAAUCGAAAAGGAAAAGAUGACUGUGCUGGAAAACUAAGUAAUCCUAUUCCUAAAAGUCCGCAACUACACGACUGCAGGUGGCACCUCGACCCUGAUAGGCGAUCCCCCCAAUAUCGUUAUCGGCUACAAGCUGAAGAUAUCAAAUGCAAAAAUGUCUGGGUCUGGAAGAGUACAAACUUGUGAUGCGCAUUUCAAGACACAGAAAGAUCUCUCUCUCAUGCAUAGUUAGCAAAAGCUGUCCAGUUUCUGCCACCAAGAUGGGGCGACAUUUGUCAUGCGGAUUCGGCAUUGCGAAAGUUUCUCGAAACCCGUGAUGCUAGAGCUCCCAUGCCAGACCUUCUGUGUCAUGCAAAAACAGCAUGACUCUUCCAGACCCAGACAUUUUUACAUUUGAUAGAAGGUUGGCUUCGUCGAUUUCCUGAUCUACAACGCCCCCCUGAUCGUCGUUUUGCUUCCCCUGUCUAGUUAUGAACUGCAAAAGUAUCGUAAUAGUAGUAAUUGCAAUACAAAUUAGCUCAGCAUGACAAAUGGAAUUUGUCAUGCUGUUUUGCCUUGGGAUGAAGAUUUGUAAUGCAUGACUCCUGCGAUUACUUACUACGAGUACGGUACUUUUGCACAGGAUACUAGUUACCUGCUGUACCGCCAGUUCCGGGAGGAGAUUCUUGCCGGAGAUAUUCCGAGUAAAAACAUCCCCAUCCCAGAGUUGUCAUGCAAAUUUGCAUGCCAAAAAAGUUUCUCAUGCGAAGCCCCAUGAGAAGCUUUUUCUAGUCGUGUUUUGGGAUUUGUGAUGCUAGAAAUAGCAUGAUAUGCUAGAUCUGUGAUGCUGCUGAACUAGCUAAACAGGACUCCACUACGAGGACAAACUUGUCAUGCGAGACAACCAAAGUUGGCCGAUUUGUCUAGCAGAUUUUCCACGUUGACUCUGGUAUGGGGACGUUUUUACUCAGGAUAGGAGAGCCGGAUGACGAGGUAGAGGAUCAGGAUGAUCUACGAAGAAUAAAUUUGCAAGAACAGGAUGAAAACCAAGCGAAGCCUCCGCAGCUUCAGCCAGAUGGUGCCAUGGCUCCUGCAAAACAAGCCGAUGCGAUCGUGGUGACCACUGCAACGGAGGAUGAGAAAGGCCAUAUGAAGAUGAGCGUGCGCAACUUCCUAUACCCCUAUUUCCUCAGUCUUCAUGUCCAAGUCCAGUGUAAGUGACCCUUGAGCAGCAACGGAAGCACUUGUAAGAACACUACGAACACCAGCUAGUAAGUAUGUAGCCUGUGCAUAACGUGACUACAUGCGGUGACUGCAGUACGGUCUGCAAAAGAUCGCGCAGGAUAAAGUCACGAUUUGCCUUUUUUUGCAUGACGAAUGAGAGGCACGAACAGGGGGUGGAUUUUUGCGCCGUGAUAUGCCAAGAACCCCUGCAACUUCCAAUAACGCAAAGAGAUCACGCAACAUCAUCAAACAUCGCCGACGCGGCCGACUCCAGAACCUCUCAGGAGGCUGUUGGGCAGCGAAGCACCCGGAGCAACGCGAGCUAUUCGUCAUCCGCUUCCUCGAACGGGGUGGUGUUUGUCGACUUGGAAAAACUCAAGCGCGACAACCGGAUCACCGAUCACUACAUGCUCCUCAAAGUCACUGCGGUGUUUGCGGGCAUUUUCCUGGCCCUCUGCCUUUCUAUCAAAUGCAAACAUGUCUGGGUCUGGAAGAAUGCAAGGUUUGUCAUGCUUGUCUGGCAUGACUGAACAGUUUGUGAUGGUGCGUGUCCAAGAAGAGACACUCGUGCGUGUCAUGCAACAACGCAGUUUGUCAUGCGGAAAGCGCGACACUAAGCAGCGCAGAUAUUUCUCAUGCUUGGCUGUGCAUUACAGAGUCUGCGCUAUUCCCCACCCAGCAUUACAAGUUUCCAGACCCCAUUUUGCAAUGCAUACUUUCCCCGGUGCACCAACAAGAGGCAGCGUGGUUCACGUUCUUGGGAAUGCUGCUGCUGUGUUAUCAAAAGGAAAAAUCCCCCCCCCUACCGAAAACGAAACUUGUGUUGCUGUAUUUGAGCUACACAAAUUGACUUGUAUUGCUAGAACGCCAAGAGACGCAGUUGUUCCCUCUUUUGCAGGCAAUUUGUCAUGCUGUCUGCUUUUCCAGUUGCCUCCUGUCAUUCUGAAGACGCAAGGCUUUCCUACGCCACUCAGCACUACAGUCCGCUUCUUUUGCCUUCUAGCAUGACAAAAUGAUUUGUGGUCUCAAAUCAUGCUACACAAAUCGCCGUCUCAGUAUGGGGAGAGGGGAUUUUUCAUUUUGAUAUGUGUUUUCUCCUCACCAGUCACGAAAUCCACCACGUUUUGGAGUCCGUGGAGUAUCCUGAGUAAAAACGUACCCACGCCAGAGUUGUAAUGCAGAUACAGAUUCGCAAAGACAGGAAGACUUGUAAAAAUGCGCAUCCCCAUGAUAGCCAUUUCCAAUUGUGUUUUGGAAUUUGUGAUGCUGUGAACAGGAUGAGCAGCUGGAUUUGUGACGCGGCUGCACUUGCUAGCCUGCACUACACUGCAGUGCGUUCAACUUGUCAUGUGUGACUCACAAAACUCCUAGGUUUGUGUUGCAAAAUCCUCAUUUUGAUUCUGCUGGUGUGGGUACGUUUUUACUCAGGAUAUGGAGUGGGACGUGCUCAUGUUUUUCGCGUCCCUUUUCGUACUGGUCGAGUGUCUAUGCAUUGCAAAAGUGAAGUCGCACUGUGCGUCGAUUGCAAUUACAAUUUUUUAUUUCAAGAAGAAAUUCGACGUAAGUUCCCACGCCAAAUUGAUCAGGUAGGAGGGUUACGUUAUGAAACUUGUCAUGCCCAUAAAUUGCAAUUUAUUACAUCUUCAAAUGCGAUAUAUGAACUUUUGCAGCGGAUAGCGUCUCGCCGAGCUCGGUUUGAUUCGACUAGUUGGCGAGUGCAUUUCGAACGUGAUCUCGUCCAUCGAUGACGAAAGCGCCCGACUUCCGGUGGCGAUGCUGCUCAUCCUCUGGGUGAGCUCGAUGGGCAGCGCGUUUUUGGAAUCCCUGCCGUACACGACGACGAUGUGCUACCUGCUGCUCGCGCUGAAGACGGAGGAGGACACAACGAAUAAACUGGGCUUCGAGGUUAUGCAAUACAAAUAAUUUUCCGUACAUGUACAAGCGGCAUCACAAAUUUCACCAGUUUGGAGUGCUGUAAGUAACACGACGAUAAUUAGCCAAGUCGCGUUUUUUGCGACUUGGCUAAUUCGAAUUUCCGGGCUGUUUGGCUACUCGGGCCUGUCCAUAGACAGCUUCUGGGCUCUCGAAUUAGCCAAGUCCGGGAGAUACUUAGCCAAGUCGCGUUCUUUGCGACUUGGCUAAUUCAAAUUCCCGGGCUGUUUGGCUUCUCGGACCUGUCCAUAGACAGCUUCUGGGCUCUCGAAUUAGCCAAGUCUGGGAGAUAAUUAGCCAAGUCACGUUUUUUGCGACUUGGCUAAUUCGCAUUCCCAGGCUGUUUGGCUUCUCUGACCUGUCCAUAGACAGCUUCUGGGCUCUCGAAUUAGCCAAGUCCGGGGGAUAAUUAGCCAAGUCGCGUUUUUUGCGACUUGGCUAAUUCGCAUUCCUGGGCUGUUUGGCUACUGGGACCUGUCCAUAGACAGCUUCUGGGCUCUCGAAUUAGCCAAGUCCGGGAGAUAAUUAGCCAAGUCGCGUUUUUUGCGACUUGGCUAAUUCGAGUUCCCGGGCUGUUUGGCUACUCGGACCUGUCCAUAGACAGUUUCUGGGCUCUCGAAUUAGCCAAGUCCGGGAGAAUGUCAUGCUAAACUAGGAUCGAGCCCCAGUUUUGUCAUGCAGAGAUGGCAUUUGUACGUCGUGUACGGGAAAUUUACUGUGGAUAGUGGUCGAAAACUUGUCCUACGCGCUCUCGGUUGGCGCUUGCAUCGGGGGGAUCGGGAGCAUCAUGGGAUCUAGCGUUAUGCUGUGUGGAAAACCACUCAAUUUGCAGCUUUUUUAUCUUUGCUAGUACUAGAUCGGCGUCGGCGUACUCGAGGGCAAAAAAACUUUGUCUUCAUCAUCAUCAAGAAUCUCGAACGCAAUUUCUCACACUGAAAUGACUCAGUCCCACAUAGAGAGCCUCUGCUUCCAGGAUCUGACUUGAGCAUGUUCGUCGACGUCCUACAACGCCCACUUCUAAUCUACGACUUUUGAUAACCAUUGCGCUUCCUUUAGAAGUUGUUUUCCGACAGCUCGUGCAUACUUGCUAACCUCGUGGCGAUGGGGAUCUGCUCCAGGUACCUUCCUAUCAAAUGUAAGUAAAAAUGUCUGGGUCUGAGAGAAUGCAACUUGUCAUGCUAAAUCUGAAGCAUGCAAAAAUCAGUGUUGCACGAUUGCCAAAAGUCGUCCAGUUUUGACCAAGUCGGGGGGGAGUUUCUCAUGCAGGAUAGGAAUGAGAGAGAUCGCACAGAAUCUGUCAUGCUAGGUCCUGCAUUCCAGACCUCAUGGGUCAUGGAAAAGCUGCGCGACAAGUCGCGCAUUCAUCCAGGCCCAGACAUUUUUGCUCUUCCCUGUGCUGUACCAUGGUCUUGCUUCCAGACAAAACACCAGACAUUUUUGCACUUGAUACUUCCCGCAGACGCCCCCCUGCACCACAAGAUCCAGGGCAAGGACUUUUUGAAGUACGGCUUUCCCGUGUUGCUGAUCUUGACGGCGGUCAGCUCGGUGUACCAGUAUGUGAUUUUUUCAGUGGUGCAGUAACUCUAACUUACUACAUUGAGAGCGAAUUAUAACUCCAAGGCCGGUGCUGCGAGAAAAGAACUUGAAGAUCAUGGUGCUGGUGUUGAGCAACUCCUUUGGCAAUUCUUCUGCGCCACUCCUUUGGCAAUCCUAAUUUUGGAAACAAAAGGAAAGAAAUGGUAACUGUAGACGUAGAAAUAUCAAAAUCAAACUGAAAGAAAACAAUUGGAUUUGCUUAGCGGUACUCGGAUGUGAAGUGGUAAACAAGCGCCAGCAAGCAUCAGCGUCAUGAUCCAUAGCAAGAAAGUAGCUCGGUCGUAGAAUGUAACAUUGUGAUUGUCUUGAGCGUCGUGGUCCCUCUACACCGAC